CGCCUGCCUGCAGGUGGCGAUCGGCACCUCCGAAGCCACUCGCCUCGGCACUCCCGGCCCGUGGGCAGCCCGGGCGGUGCGGUGCCCUACCGCCCCAGCCGGCACUGCCUGCUCACAGAAUGCUAUCCCCUCGCCUCCCUUCCCCUCCGUCCCGGCACCAGUCCCCAGGGGCAGCUAAGAGCACUGCUGCCGGGGCAGAGCUGCGGCGAGAUUUGGAGAGGGAGAGGGCAGUCGUGGAGAGUUUCUCUGCGGUGCCCCCCCAAAGAACAGGGGGCAGGAGGGAGUGACGGACACUUCCGCCCGCCCGCCCGCCCGACGACGGCGACCCAGCGAGACCCCCCCCGCAGGAGGGCGGGAGGGAGAGGGGACGGAAGGGGAGGGGAAGGAGGGGAGGAUGAAUGGGAGGGAGAAAGCUAGGAGAGCGCGAAGAGGCAGAGCAGGGAGGAACGGCACGGGAGAGCAGCAGAGCAAGGGGCAGCAGCUCGGCGAGCGGCGGCGGGAGGGCCGCCCCCACGGCCCGGGGCUGCGCGCAGGGCAGAGGCGGCGGGGAUGGGCGGGAGCGGGGCGGCUCCGCCAGCCGCCGUCCUCCGAGCCUCGGCAGCCUCCCGCCGCGCUAUAUAGGGAAGGGAGGGGUGGUUGAGCGGGGGGUGCCCGGCGUGGCCAAAGCGCACGGGGCGGCGAUGCCUCCUGCCAGGGAAGCGCACAAGUGACCGGCGCCUCUUCCCAUGCCUGUCUCCUGAAGCGACCCCCCCCCGCCCGGCAUGGAUGUGGCCAACAACACUACCUCCCCAGCGCGCUCCCCCGAGGGGACAGGCAGCCUUGGCCUCGCCGAGGUGACCCUGGGCUACCAGGUACUCACCUCCCUGCUCCUGGGAACGCUCAUCCUGUGCGCUGUGAGCGGUAACGCCUGCGUGAUCGCGGCCAUCGCCCUGGAGCGCUCCCUGCAAACCGUGGCCAAUUAUUUGAUCGGCUCGCUGGCCGUCACCGACCUCAUGGUAUCCGUGCUGGUGCUGCCCAUGGCGGCCCUGUAUCAGGUGCUGAACAAGUGGACACUGGGGCAGGUCACCUGCGACAUCUUCAUCUCGCUGGACGUGCUUUGCUGCACCUCUUCCAUUCUGCACCUGUGCGCCAUCGCCUUGGACAGGUACUGGGCCAUCACGGACCCCAUCGACUAUGUUAACAAGCGGACUCCCCGACGGGCGGCCGUGCUUAUCAGCCUGACCUGGCUAAUCGGCUUCUUGAUAUCCAUCCCGCCCAUGCUGGGCUGGAGAACGCCGGAGGAUCGCUCGAACCCCGAUGCCUGCACCAUCAGUAAGGACCACGGGUACACCAUCUACUCCACCUUCGGCGCCUUUUAUAUUCCGCUUCUCCUCAUGCUGGUGCUCUACGGUCGCAUCUUCAAGGCGGCCCGCUUUAGAAUCCGCAAGACAGUGAAGAAAGCGGAGAAGAAGAAAAUCGCCGACACCUGCCUCACCCUCUCUCCGGCCACCGCGCAGAAGAAAGGCAACGGGGAGCCCGACAAGGGCUGGAGGCGAACUGUAGAGCCCAAGCCUGGUGCCUGUGUUAACGGCGCUGUGCGGCAGGGCCAGGACGGGACUGCCCUGGAGAUCAUCGAGGUCCAGCGCUGCAACAGUUCCUCCAAGACUCACUUGCCGCUGCCCACCGAGGCGUGCGACUCCCCACCGCCCUCCUCCUUCGAGAGACGCAAUGAGAAGAACACGGAGGCCAAACGGAGAAUGGCUCUGUCCCGGGAGAGGAAAACUGUCAAGACCCUGGGCAUCAUUAUGGGCACCUUCAUCCUCUGCUGGCUGCCGUUUUUCAUCGUGGCCCUAGUCCUGCCCUUUUGUGACAGUAAGUGCUACAUGCCCGCGUGGCUAGGGGCAGUAAUCAACUGGCUGGGCUACUCUAACUCCCUUCUCAACCCCAUUAUCUAUGCCUAUUUCAACAAAGACUUCCAAAGUGCUUUUAAGAAAAUUAUCAAGUGCAAAUUUUGCCGUCAGUGAAGCCCCCCGCUACGGGACGGGGCAAGCGGGGUCCUCCGACUCGCUCCACCCGCCUGCCGUGCGCCGCAGAGUGCCCCCUCCCAGCUCCUCUACAGCGCCGUCCGAAGGGCGGGGGACCCCGCCAUCUCCCCCGCAGCGCGCCGUAGUCCCUCGCUCCUUCGCUCGCCGGACAAGCCCCGCGAGGCAGGACGGGGCUCCGCUGGGAAGGGCGCGGGACGCUCGGCCCAGGAGGGCUCCGCGGCCGCCUUCGUCUUGCAUGGCCUCCGCUGCCGGGCGCCGGCGCUCCCGCCUCCUUCCGUCCCCUCCAUCAUUCUGGGUAGACUUAGAGUUUGCAGGUCGUUGCUCGUGGUAGCUGUAAGCCACUGUGUCUGCCCAAGUAGCAUCGGUAAAAACAAACCACCCUAUGCAGGAAACCUCCGUGUCGGGGAUUAUUCUUGGAUUUACGAGGCGACGGCGGUGGACUCAAGAGCCCGACCUCGGUCUGGCAGUAGUGAAUGAGGAGUGCACUGGGGAAAUCCAAUAUAUGAACACUCAGAGCUUGAUUUCAAAGGAUUCAUGAAGAAUCACUACUGACAAGGAUUCAACUCUUAAAAAAUUGAUAAAUAGGGAUCUGAUGUGGAGGAGCUAGACCAGCCAGACGACUUUCAGGAAGAUGUGGAGUACUGUGGGGAAUCAUAAAAGGGCAUGACAGAUGGGCCACUUCCCACUGCUUCAUCUGAGGAGUCUAACCCUGAUUUGUAAAACAGAAGGUCUGAAUACUCCUGCCCAGGCAGAUCCCAAGGACACAUCGUAAUGGCUUGAAGCAAAUGAAUCAUCUCUCAGCUGUAGUAUUGGGUGGUAUUUGAAAGCUCCAUCUCUGAAAUACAGGAAAAAACCCC